AUGUGGCUGGAACGAUUCUCGGUGCAGUCGCGCGAUACUACCCCUUCGCCAACUCCCAGUCGAGUGCUCUCCCCAGCGCCGCGAAGAUCUAUACAACUAGGACCAAGCACAUUGCCGCGACGUCCAGGGAUACAACCGAGAAGCUCUUCCCUUUCGCUUGCUUCGGUCGCCGGAUCGACCGAAAGUCUCCCUGCUGCUGCCAGAGUGCCCAAUGGUUCAAAUCUCAAAAGCCAGCUCUCACAAUCCACAGCUGCAGAUGAAGGUGAUUCCUUGGAGGUGUUGGAGGGCAUCAUUGGACCAGUGUCAGGGCCGCAGACGAAUGACGAGAGUUUUGAAGACAUCGAUACGAUAGAGGUGGCCGGCAGCAUCAGUUUUGAUGGACUGAGUCUGGAAGACUUUGCCAGUGGGCAGCUGGAAAGCACAAAAGACGGGAACGAUGGGGAUGUCAAAGACAUUGAGGUGAUUCAGGAUUUCGAGAAAGAAAAGGACAAGUUUGAAGAUCUACACAAAUCCAUCCUUGCCUGUGACGAAGUCUUGAAGUCAGUGGAGACAUAUUUGACAAGCUUUCAGGCUGAGCUUGCUGCUGUGUCUACCGAGAUUGAGAGUCUGCAGAGCCGGUCGACCGCAUUGAACAACAAGCUCGAGAAUAGGAAAGCAGUGGAGAAAGUGCUUGGUCCUGAAGUCGAGGCAUUCUGUAUCCCUCCUGGGGUAGUGCGCAAGAUCACCGAAGGCGCCGUGGACGAUCAAUGGAUACGAUCGCUUUAUGAGCUGGAGAAACGAUCCAAAUCAAUUGACGCCAAGAUCAAGGAAGGGAGGGACGUCAAAGCUGCUCAAGACAUCCAGCCAUUCGUCAACGACAUAUCGACGAAAGCCGUAGAGCGAACACGAGACUAUGUCGUGGCCCAAAUCAAAGCAUUGCGGUCGCCAAGCAUCAAUGCUCAGGUCAUUCAGCAGAAUAGCUUUCUGCGAUACAAAGACGUUUUCGCUUUUUUGGCCAAACAGCAGCCUGCGCUUGCCGAGGAAAUCUCACAAGCAUAUAUCAACACUAUGCGCUGGUACUAUCUGCACAACUUCACACGAUACAAGGCCGCGGUUGAGAAGUUGAACGUUCACAUCAUCGAUCAGACGGACGUCAUUGCAGGCGAAGGAAACGUGAAGAGAACGGUAAAAGCUGCAGCACCGCACGACACAUUCUCGAUUGGCCGCCGUAUGGACAUCGUUCGAAGUUCCAACGACUCUGCCUUGCCAUCCUUCGCCGCAGAAGACGACAAAGGCACACACUACCUCGAGGUACCCUUUCGCACGUUCAACCUGGCCUUGAUUGAUAAUGCAUCGGCGGAGUACUCUUUCUUGACCGAAUUCUUUUCCAAACAGCCGUUUCAAGCCACCAAUAGGAAGUUCACCGAAAUCUUCCAGCCCACGUUUGAGCUGGGCUACGCAUUAACUAGGCAGCUGAUCGAAGGCACACUCGACGCCCUGGGUGUAUUGACUUGCGUCCGCCUGACACAGCAUUUAGCGUUCGAGCUGCAACGUCGGAAGGUCCCCGUGGUGGAAGGCUAUAUCAACGGCACCAACAUGCUCCUGUGGCCUCGUUUCCAGCAAAUCAUCGACGCCCACUGUGACUCUAUCCGCAAGGCAACAGGAUCAUUGUCAGGCAAACCGACAGGAUCUGCACUGACUCUGACAUCUUCGCCUUCAACUGCCCCCACGACAGCGCCUCAUCCGCUGACGCAGCGCUUCGCGAACUUUCUGCAAGGCAUACUUGCAUUGAGUAGUGAAGCCGGGGACGACGAGCCGGUUUCAAACAGUCUUGGAAGGCUUCGGGGCGACUUUGAGGCGUUCUUGACAAAAUUGAGCAAAAGCAUUGCUGAGGCAAGAAAAAGAGAGCGAUUCUUGUACAACAACUAUUCGCUGGUGUGCACGAUUAUUGCAGACACGGAGGGGAAACUUGCAGAGGACCUGCAGGCUUAUUUUGCGCAUCGAAGAGACGCACUCGGUGUGGAGUCGUAA